AUGAGUUGGGCCCCCGACUCCCCAGUCGAAUUACCUGAUGGCCGUUUGGUCUGUGGGAAUCAUGGCUUGGUCGUUUGCGGAAGCUGCUGUGUCGACUACAGUUUUAUGGAUGACGUCCUUGGCGAUGACGCGAUCGAAGGGCGAGUGAGACGUCCAGAAGAAUAUGAAGACGAUCUCGACCGCGCUGGCGCUCUAGAUAUUGAGAGACUGACCCCAUCCGCCACAUGGAAAUGUCUCGAGGCAGCGGAUCAUCUGUUCCCGGCAGGCAUUGGACGCAAAGCUCACCCACCUGUAACACAAUUUAUUCGAGCGGAUGAUCCAGAGUCCCUUCUUAUCUACACCGAUGGUGCAUGCCUCGGCAAUGGACAAGUUGAACCCAAGGGAGGACGGGCAUUUGUUUUUGGACCUCAGGAACCAAAUACCACUACGAGUGUAAACGAGCGUCUGGAAAACCAGGGUCCAUUGGGCGAUUAUGCCAACCCAACCAGCAACAGAGCAGAGCUUCGAGCUAUCAUCGGCGCCCUUCGUUACAGGAACUGGGCUAGCGAAGGAUUCACCACUCUUGUCCCGGCGACUGAUUCAGAAUAUGUCGUCAAAGGUGCAACAGAGUGGAUCCGAGCAUGGCUACGAAGGGGAUGGAGGAAAAGCGACGGAGCGGUUGUAAGCAAUGUGGAUAUGUGGCAGGUAUUUCUUGGAGAGGUAGAGCGCUGGCAUGAGUAUGCUGUCAAGAUUCAGCUUUGGAAGAUUCCGCGAGAGUGGAAUACUGAAGCGGAUCUGUUGGCGAAGGAGGGUGCACAGCUUGAUGAGGAGCUUACCUAUAAAGAAAGGCUGGGUAACGUCCCAUGA